AUGGCUGACGCACCACGCGGUACAGGUGGCGAGCAGCGCGGCUUCGGUCGUGGCCGUGGCGGACGUGGCGGUCGCGGCGGUCGCGGUGGUCGUGGCGGUCGUGGCGGUGGUGGUGAUGAGAAGGAAUGGGUGCCAUGCACAAAACUUGGCCGCCUUGUGAAGGAUCAAAAGAUCACCUCGCUGGAGGAAAUCUUCCUCUUCUCGAUGCCCAUCAAAGAGCAUCAGAUCGUGGACCAACUGAUCCGCGAAGGCGACCUCCGUGAUGAGAUGAUGCUUGUUUUCCCCGUGCAGAAGGCAACGUCUGCCGGACAGCGCACACGCUUCAAGGCCUUCAAUGUUGUUGGUGACGGUAACGGCCACAUUGGUGUCGGCGCCCGCGUCGGCAAGGAGGUGUCCCUGGCCAUCCGUGCGUCAAUGAUCGCUGCGAAGCUGAGUAUUGUGCCUGUGCGCCGUGGCUACUGGGGUAACAAGAUCGGUGAACCGCAUACAAUCCCUAUCAAGGUAACCGGGAAGUGCGGCUCCGUUGCCGUUCGCUUGAUCCCUGCUCCACGUGGUGCUGGUAUCGUUGCUGCGCCUGUGCCGAAGAAGAUUCUUGAGUUUGCCGGCGUUGAGGACGUAUAUACUAGCUCAUGUGGUAAGACGCGUACGCGUGGUAAUUUCAUCAUGGCCACAUUCUAUGCACUGCGCAAGACAUACGGCUUCCUUACCCCCGACCUCUGGGCGGAGACGGAGGUGUCGCGCGACCCCACCGACGAGCACUCCGAGUUCCUCUCUAUGGGAAGGAAGAUGGUGGCUGCUUAA